AAUAGUCCCGCUCGCGAACACCGUCAGUCUCUAACGUUCGCGCCAAAACGAGAGUAUGGCGGAGGAGAUCGUGCCCAACUCAGUGGGCUGGUACAUCCUGGAGGGGUACCCUUGGUGGCCCGUGUACAUCUGCGACGUGUUCAAGCUCCGACCGAACCUGCACCUUCUGGGCAGCGGCCACAAGAAGAUCCUGAAGAAGGCGCGGGACUUUCCGAACGACUUUAUCGUCGUCUACUACUUCGGCUCGCAUGACUUCUCACUAGUGGGGCUGAAGAAGGGCGUGUUGCGGCCAUGGGACUGUCCGCAGAAGGACCAAUUCCUUAAAGGCCACCCUAAGCACUUGGCUAAGAAGAAAGGGGUGAUGGAGGAGCUCUUGGAUGCGGUACAUGAGGCCGAGGAGUAUCUAUCACAGCCCGAGGACAUCCGUCUACCGCAGCAUAUGGUACCGUCCGAUCUAGACCCGACACUGGAGCCUCCACCGCCCGAACUGGUGCCUCAAGAAGUGGCUGUGGACCCCGAGAUGGACGAGGACGAGCCUAUGGACGAGGACGACGACGCUCCGGAAGACGAUGACGAAGAGAAGAAGCGGAAGAGAAAGGAGAAAAAAGAGAAAAAGAAGAAAGACAAAGUGAAGAAGGAGAAGAAAGACAAGAAGCGCAAGAGCGAGUCAGCGAAGAAGACGUCACCGAAAGUAGCCAAGACGUCGGGCACGGACGUCAAGAGCCAGUCUGUAGUUAAAGAACCCACGGAAGAGAAGAAGCCUCCCCCACCGGAUAUGACGACCGAGGCGCUGAGUAUUGUCCUGGAGAAGGAGAUCCGCUGGAUCCUAGUGAACUGCCCGUUUGAGGAGAUGACGACCAAGACGGUGCGGAAGCUGCUGGAGGACCGACUGCACAUGGAUCUGCGUCACCACAAGGCGUCGAUUAAAGAAGGAGUGGCGAGAGUUAUUGCGUCCAUGGAGGAGGAAGACGCAGCUGACUCGACUUCCACUGCGCCUGAGGAGACUACGGCGCCUAUUGAUGAUGCAGUGAAGACUGAAGUUAAGGUGGAACCGAGCGAACCGGUCGUACCAGUGACACCUGACGUUACCGUGAAGAAAGAAGAGGAGGCUGUGGAUGAAGAAACUGGCGUUGAGAGGAUGAAGAAGGAGCUUGAAGCAGCGUCGAAGAAUCUGUCGCUGGCGUUGGAAUUAGAGCCCAAGAUCAUGGACGCGCUGGAAUCGUUGAAGACGUUAGACAGUGUAGACAAGGACGUGCUGGCGACGUCGACUUUGCAGCCUAGACUCGUGAAGCUGCGAGCGCACAGGUCGUCGAAGAUCUCGGAUCUGGUGACGCUGUUGGUGAAAAAGUGGAACGUCGAGGAGCUGGUUCCAGCGCCCAAACCCAUCACGAAGGAAGAGAUUCUGGAGCUCAAGACCAAGUUGGAGGACUCGGAGACGUCACAUGACGAGUUGCUGGUGUGUUUGAACCAGCUGGGCGAGAUGCCUUUGACAAUAGAUCACUUGAAGAAGACGGGAAUUGCACGCACUGUGUCCAACUUACGCCAGCAUGGGAAUGACAAGGUUUCUGCUAAAGCACACGAACUUCGGCAAAAGUGGAUGAAGCAGAAUGAGCAGUCGAAAGACAACGAUUCCGGCUCAAAUCCACUCAAGACUCUUAAGACGCUGAAUCGGGUUUUGGACCAACAUAGUGACGGCACUGACGAGCACAAGAUUCACAGCAAACAGAUGGCUGCGCUCGAACAGCUUCACAGUAUGACGCUGGAUACUCAAGACAUCAUCGACUCGAAAGUUGGAAUCUCGGUGUCCAAACUGCGCAAGUCCAGCAACGAUAAAGUAGCUAAGUUAGCGAAGAAACUUCGAAAGAAGUGGCAAGCUGAAGCCAAGGCCAAACCCGCUGCCUAG